CUUCUCCUCAAGACUUCUCCUCCUGCUCCUGCAGGCUACAAGGCACCCUCCACCUCACACCCAUGGCCUGCAACAACCGCUGCAGUCCCUGCGGACCCACCCCGCUGGCCAACAGCUGCAACGAGCCCUGUGCCCUGCAAUGCCAGGAUUCCCGCGUCAUCAUCAACCCUUCCCCUGUGCUGGUCACCCUGCCAGGACCCAUCAUGACCUCCUUCCCCCAGAACACCGCCGUCGGAUCCACCUCCUCGGCUGCUCUGGGCACUGAGCUCAAUGCCCAGGGACAGCCCAUCUCUGGUGGAUUUGGCUUUGGUGGCUUUGGCUACGGCCUGGGAGGCCUGGGCUGCUAUGGCAGAAGGGGCGGCUACAUCUGCUAAGGGCCCUCGGCACCACCCCUGACACCACCAGCUCUGGCCUCUGGCAACAGCUCCUGCAAGCAAAGCACCUCAGCUGAUGGUCUCUCUACUCCCACGUCACAGCUUCUUUCAGUUUCUUCUUUCUCAGCAUUCUUUCCCUUCA